ACGCGCCUCGGCGACUACCAGCGGUCGACGAAACACGCGAACAACGUGACCGCGACGCUCGUCUACGAGCACGGCGAGCACUGCUGGAACGGGCCGAGCCGGUCCCUCGCCGUGACCCUCGUCUGCGGCGCCGAGACGGGCAUCCUGGACGUCGACGAGCCGUCGACGUGCGUCUACGCGGCGACGGUCGAGACGCCCGCGGUCUGCGUCGAC